AUGGCUGUUUGUCCGGGGGCCAUGGUGAUGGCCCUGUCACUGAGAGUGACGAAGAGGCGACACUGUUAUGAAACUGGAACUAACAUGGUGAUAGAUGAACCUCGCCGCUCCGGACGGGCGACCAAAGGCCAACACAAGAACCUCGAUAUCGAUCCUCCACAAAAUAAACGGAAGAGCAAGGGCCAAGGGAAAGGCCAGAAGCAGAGUUCGAACGAACCUACACCACCGGUGUUAAACGAAGAAGAUGAAAUAAUCCGGUGCAUCUGCGGCGAGUACGAGGAGGAAGAAGAUGUUGAACGGGAUAUGAUAUGCUGUGAUAAAUGUGCUGCCUGGCAACAUAAUGACUGCAUGGGACUUGUUUUCCCAAAGGGAGAGGAACCUGCAGAAUAUUUUUGUGAGAGGUGCAAGCCUGAGAAUCAUCAGGAAUUAUUGGACAAGAUAAGCAGGGGAGAAAAGCCAUGGGAAGAAGCUGCCGUGAAAAGAGCGCGAGAGGCAGAGGAGAGAAAAACUCGUAAAAAGAAGGGCGGCAAACGGGGGAAGAAGGCUAGGCAGAGUGAUGUUAAGUCGGAGCACGGUGAUGCCCCAGCAGCACCCAAGGGCGAUAAGCGAUCUCCUCCGAUGCAGCAUAACAUUGCCGUGGCUGUUUCUCCUCACUACGAGGACAGCAAUGCUCAGAAACGAAAACAUGAGGAACAUGGGGAUGGUGUUUCUCGCGAACCGGCUCCCAAACAGAAACUACAAAAGCUGUCCACAAGUUUGCCAGCUUCUCCCCAGGAUGCUCGAAACUCGCCUGUGCAAGGUAGAAAGCAGAGCGCCGCUAGUCCAAUGACGCCAAGUCAAGAUAUCAAAUUGAAAUCCCGUUCCGGAUCUACAGCGGGCGUGGACCACCUUAUAGUAGCCAGAAGAAGUGCUGCAACUGCCUUGGCCAAGUUGGUCACAGAAAUUGCUGCAUCGGCGGUUGCUGAGGGCACAUUCACUAUCCCUCCAGGCAAGACAAAAGAAGGCGUUGGUGAGAGUCUCGGGGAGGAUAUAGAAAACUGCAUGUAUAAGAAUCUUUGUGGAUCUUCCGGGGAGCCUAAUGAUGCCUAUAAAACCCAACUGCGGACCAUCCUAUUCAAUGUAAGGAAAAAUCCUUCGUUACGUGAUAGCCUGCUUGUAGGCCGUACAACGCCCGAUUCUAUAUCAACAAUGAGCACACAGAACAUGGCGAGCCAAGAGCUCCGUGAGAAAGAUGAGGAGAUAAAAAGGGAGGCUGAGAGGCAACACACGAUUAUCCAGGAACAGGGACCUCGGAUUAGACGUACUCAUAAGGGAGAGGAGCUGGUAGAGGCUGAUCCGCAAACCGUUGGGACUGAAUCCGUGUUCUCUACUGCUCCGGCUCGUCGAGAUACUGGCACUGAGAGCGAAGUUCAACCGACUAUGAGCCCACGACAUGUCAGCCCUACUUCACCACAUGGUCAGCGAUACUCGGACGGAACUUCUCGAGAAACGAUUGGAUCCUCUGGCGCUGACCCUAAUCGCCGGACCUCAUCCAACUUCAAUAUUGAGAAUGUUUGGUCGAGCGUUCACUCCCCUGGCGCGUCUCAUCCAGAACAGCAGUUUGGCUCUGCAUCCUCAUUCAAUGAGCCUCCGCCUAUCAUUAACAAAGUCCAGGAGGAUGCAGAUAUAGAUAACCUUUUAAAAGAUGAAGUCGACUCCCCGCCCUACUCGCCCAAGGACGUUCAGGGGGACGGGGACAUCUGGCAUGGUGCUGUGUCUAUGAGUUCUGUGGCUGACUUUUAUACCGCUGGUAAACAUGUUGGCGGUGCUGACCUCAGCUCAAGAAUCCCUUGGUCACAGCUUGUUCCUCCAACUAUAACAGUCGAUGGGCGAAUUGAUAUCCAACUGGCUAGUAAUUACCUCUGUGGGCUGAGAUAUAGCCAUACCACAGAUAUUUCUGUAGUUGCUCUCGGGCAACCUCAUGCAGCGAAUGACGUCGCACAGUUCAACAGGUUGUUCGAUUAUUUCAUGGACCGCAAAAGAUAUGGAGUGAUUGGGAAGCAUCCUCUUUCCGCCGUCAAGGAUGCCUAUCUUGUUCCAGUAGAGGCUGGACAUAGCAAGAAGCCCGAUUUUAUCGAGCUCCUCGAGAACAAUCAAGUCGAGGACCCGACGCCAACUCGACUACUGCUAUUUGUUCUCGUUGUGAAAACUAACAAUAGCCAUUCUACUCCAUCGCUUACUACACCUCAGGCUCCAUCCCGCAAUGCCGCCAGUCCUUUACCUACGGAAAAUGAAUACAACCCGAUCGAUCCUGCAGGGUUAGGCCUGGCUCAAGGGAAAGUCUCUAUUCCAGAGACUAAUGCCCAACAGGCACAGUUCAACAACGGUCAGACUUAUAUCUAUCCACCUUUGCAGGACAUAACUGGUCAACAAGCAGCCAUCCAAGUGCUGGGGCCGCUAGCCUCGGCUCCUGCCAUCCAGGAACUGUUGCGAAAUAUUCCACAUGCAACCAUCGAGCAGCUCAAUGUCAUUGCUGACAUUCUUAGGAAGAAUCCUCCUGCUGCCAAUAGCUAUCAGCUUUUGAUGGGCGCGGUUAUGCAAAAGAACGGCGCACAACCGGCCUAA